GCAACACGGCAGUCUUUUAUAUGACAAGCAAGGACAGGCUUUAUUUAGACAGGCUUGAGUCCUCGAGUGCAGAAUGGAUUCAAUCUGUUCUGUAUUUGGAUCCUUAAUUAACUGGGAUGUCAAAAGUCUGCUGUUCUUCACUGUAGUUUUCAUCCUCACUGCAGAUUAUAUCAAGAACCGUCGGCCGGGAAGCUUCCCCCCGGGGCCCCGGGCCUUUCCUAUCGUGGGCAACUUAUUCACUCUGGAUUACACCAGGACCCAUGAGAGUAUGACACAGUUAGCAGAGAGACACGGAGAUGUGUACAGCCUUCGAAUGGGCCAGCUGUGGUUCGUGGUGUUGAACCGGUCUGAGGUUCUGAGGGAAGCUCUGGUGGAUCAGGGAGACAGCCUGGCAGACCGACCAGACCUCCCACUGCUGCAGGAGAUAUCCCAGGGACUGGGUGUACUUUUCAGUAAUGGAAAUCUCUGGAAGCAGAAGAGGCGUUUUGCAAUUUCAACCCUCAAACAUUUUGGGUUUGGCAAGAAGUCACUUGAACCCAACAUCUUGGAGGAAUUUUCAUAUUGUGCAAAAGAGUUCAAGAGCCAUAAAGGUAAGGCCUUCGAUUCACACCUCAUCCUCAACAACGCGAUCUCCAACAUCAUCUGCUCCGUGGUUUUUGGGCAUCGCUUUGAAUACGGUGAUGAGAAGUUCAGGGAACUGAUCUCGUGGUUUCGCAAAUUAAUUGAACUCGAAGCCUCCAUCUGGGCACAGCUUUACAACGCCUUCCCUCUGCUGAUGAGACGCUUGCCAGGGCCUCAUCAGACAAUCCAUCACAUCUGGGACAGUGUGAAGGACUUCGUAAGAGUAGAGGUCAAGAAGCACAAACAGAACUGGGAUCCCUCCGACAAUAGAGACUCUAUGGACUGCUACCUGAGUGAGAUUUCUCACAGUAAGGGGCAGGCUGACGAAUCCUUUGAUGAGGAAAACCUGGUUGUGUGUGUCUUGGAUCUGUUCUUCGCUGGAUCUGAGACCAUAUCCACCACCCUGCGCUGGGCCUUCCGCUACAUGGUAAAGCACCCCGAGAUCGCAGCAAAGGUCCAGGCGGAGAUAGACGAAGUGAUUGGAACGUCCAGACAGCCGUCCAUGGAAGAUCGCGCCGACCUGCCCUACACGGAGGCAGUCAUACACGAGAUCCAGAGGAUGGCCAACAUCGGUCCUCUCAGCCUGCCUCAUGCUACCACCCGGGAAAUCCAUCUGGGAGGCUACACGAUCCCUAAGGGAGUGACAGUAAUCCCCAAUCUGAACUCGGUACUGUUCAACAAGAAUGAGUAUUAA